UUGCUCUGAUUGCUCCUUUGACUUUGCUCACCAGCACUUUCAACCAAUGACAAACCUUGUUUACAUUUUGCUCAUAUUUUGUGACGUAAGACCACUGAAUCCUAAUUGAAAGAAGUUUUUCAGGCAACUGGGUGAUUCAAAUGAAAAACCGUAUGGUCUGAGUCUGGGUUCUGAAGUUGUUUUCAAAAUGUCCCACAAUCGGACCCAGAUGAUUUGUCCCCAUGAGGAUUUGAGCGAACCCGUUCCCAGUUCCACUUCAACGAAAAUGAUCGUGAAUGGAACAUAUGAAUACUGGCAUUAUGGCUGCGAUGGAUUGGACGAUCGGGGUUGGGGCUGUGGUUAUCGAACCCUGCAAACCAUUGCUUCCUGGAUUAGAUUUCAGCGGAAUCUUCCUGAUGAUCCCCGUGUGCCCUCAUUACCCGAGAUUCAAAAUAUAUUGGUGACCAUGGAGGAUAAAUCGCCGACUUUCCGGGGUUCCAGAGAGUGGAUAGGAAGUUUUGAAGUGUGUUUGGUACUAGAUCAUUUGUACGACAUCCCGAGCAAAAUAAUUCACGUCAAUCAAGGAUCCCAGCUCAAGUCCCAUUUUCCCACCAUUCAAGAGCAUUUCAGACGCUUUGGUUCACCCAUCAUGAUGGGUGGAGAUCAGGAUUGCUCCUCCAAAGGCAUCUUCGGGGCCCUAGCCUCGUCUACCAGUCAGUAUUUGUUAAUCGUUGACCCGCAUUAUUGGGGCAAGAGCUGUUCAAAUGCAGAUUUGUUCGAGAACAAUUGGAUCCAUUGGCGGAAACUAGAGGAUUUUGUGGACAGCUCUUUCUAUAACAUGUGCUUGCCCCAAAUCAAAGCUGUUCAAUCGUGACAUUUUCUGGCUGUUAUUAACAUAGAAAACUCACUUUUUCUAAUGGAUGUGAAGAGAAAUGUAUUUGGGUCAUAGUGACUCAUCCAUGACAAUAAUAAUUGAUGGCUUUAGAGGGUA